GAUGUGUCUUCUACUUUAGCUAUUCAGACCUUCUGACUCUGAACAAAAAUAAACACCGCCUCUAAAUCCACAUGAAGUCAUGGCAGUAAAACAGGAAGUAGAAUUAAGCAAUGCAACUAAAUACCGAAGGUGGAAACUAAGCAUUUAGCGCAGUUACAAAACAUGGCAGGCAGAAAUCCAUCUAUCGUGGUAGUUGGUGCUGGUGUGGCCGGACUCUCCGCGGCCAAGAAGCUGAAAGAAUACGGAUUUAAUGACGUCACUGUUCUGGAAGCCUCAGAGAAGGUCGGAGGAAGAGUAGCUACUGCAACUCUAGGGAAUACAUGUGUUGAUACUGGAGCACAAUACAUCCAUGGGGCAUCUGAAAAAAACCCAGUCUACUGUCUUCUAAAAAAGUCAGGUGUCCUAAACCAGGUCCCUGAGAUGGGCACUGAAGCAUUUUACAGUAACAAGGGACACAAAGUGGAUGCAGACUUCGCCAGACGUGCAUAUGAAGCUGGGGAGGGCAUUAUUCAAUACCGUGGCUUCAACACAGGAAAGAGUUUAGGUGAACACUAUGCAGAAAAAACCCAAGGUGUGAUUGACAGCUUGCAAGACAAUGACAAGAAAACGAGAAUGCAGAGUGUUUUUGCUUUGGUUGGCAAAGACAUGCUGAUUGACGUUGGAGCUUCAGACCUCCACAAGAUCUCUCUUGACUCCUGGCAGUACUAUAUCAACAUGGGUGACAGUCUCAAUAUUGCAGGUUUUAUGUUUCAGCUUGUGGAUCUGCUACUAGAGGGCUUCCCUAAGGAAUGUUUGCUGCUAAAAAGAGAAGUUAGUAAGAUCAAAUGGGAUGGAACCUUCUCUGUAGCCCCCUCUCCGACUCCCCCUCCUCAUGAUGAACCUCUCCCUGCUCACACUGAAGCUGCUUCUGAUGAAAAAGUCCGCCAGUACCCAGUUUGCGUUGUCUGUGAGAAUGGAGAAGAGAUUCUAGCCGAUCAUGUAAUAGUGACCAUUUCUCUGGGUUGUCUAAAGGCUCAAGCUUCCAGCCUCUUCAUCCCCAGUCUCCCAACCGAGAAAAUGGAGGUCAUCGAUAAGCUGUGCUUUGGAAAUAUUGCCAAGAUCUUUCUGGAGUAUGAAGAGGCAUUCUGGGAGAAUGAAGUUGGUUCUAUCAGCCUCAUUUAUGAGGAUGACACGCCUGUCUCAGUAUCCACCAAUAAAAUGCAGUGGAUCAAGAACAUGCAGUACUUUUCUGUCCUGAGACCUAAAGAAAGGUUUGGCAAUAUCUUAAUUGGUUGGUGUCCAGGAGACAUAGCUGACCUGAUUGAAACCAUGCCAGAUAACGAACUCUCAACUGCUAUCACUGAUCAUCUCAAAAUGUUCUUUGGACAUUCAAACAUUCCUCAGCCGAAGUCCAUACUCUGCACUAAGUGGCGCAGCAACAAGUUCGUAAAGGGAUCUUACGCUUUCCUCCCUGUUGGUGUUGAUGUGCAAGUUAUGGACAUGUUGGCACAACCGCUAACGGGCAGUCGGGGUCCUGAUGAAGAUCUUCAGGUCUUGUUUGCAGGUGAGGCAACGAUGAAGACUCUUUAUGGCACAGUGCAAGGAGCUCUACUGUCAGGACACAGAGAGGCUGACAGACUGGCAGCACAUUAUAAGAAGACAGCAGCUCCCACUUCCACUACCUCACUGGACAAACAAAAUUAGAGAGUUAAAAUGUAUUAUCUAAUUAUCUAAUUACACUGACAUCAUCACAAUUAUGAUUUGAUGAUGAUGGUUCGACUGAUGAUGUGAUCUCAACAAGCCUGCCCUCAUGAGGCUUCUCCGUGUAAAAUAAAACACCUUUUUGAAUAAAAA